CCCCCCAAGCUACUAUUGGCUGGCGCAGUGCCUAACGGACCAAUCAGAUUGAAGGGUGUGGCUCCUCAUUGUCCUCCAAGGGUAUAAAUAGGGAGGUCAGAGGCAGAGAGUCUGGGUUAGGCCACUUCUUGGCACCAUCAUGACUAAGGCAACCAGGAAGCCACCGCAGUCAAGAAGAGUUGCAACGCGGUUUGCUUCAAGGAAGAAUGGAAAAAAGAAGACCCUUUGUCAAAGGAGGUGCAGAGGCAGUAUGAAGGCACGAAAUAUGACCAUGAGGGUCAGAAGACCUCUACAAGGUGCCCUCAGAAAGAAAAUCCGAUCGUAUGCCACUCAAUCGACGAAGGUGAAGAAAACAAGAAAAGCAAACUGUUUCUUCUCUCGCUGUGGACGAAAGAAAUUGAAUCGAAGCCGAAAAAGGUACCAAAAGAUGAGGCAGAGUCAAGGAAGGAGGCAGAAUCAAAGGAGAAAAUAA